UCCUUCCCCUUCAUCCAAAGAGCCGCCAGCCAGGGGAGUGGUGGCCACAGCAGCGAGUGACAGCCAGCCCACAUGGCUAGGGACACUGGGAUGGCCGGGAAGGUGGCGCUGCUCCUGUGGGCCCAAACCCUCGGUCUCGCUGGUGCCCAGACAACCCAUCUCCUCGUGGAUCCCCCCUGGGUGCCACCGGUGAAAUGGGACCAGGUGAAACUGACCUGCCAGGGCUUGGGUGCCACCACCUGGUACAAGGACGGGCAGAUCUGGAGGCAGGAGGAAGAAGACCACGUCACUGUCACCGAGAGUGGCACCUACACCUGUGACAGAUCCGGCAGUGGGCUCAGCCCCCCUGUGACAGUCUCAGACGACUGGCUGGUGCUGCAGGUGCCAGCACAGGCGCUACUGGAGGGGGACACGGUUACACUGCGCUGCCGGGGCUGGUGGAACAACACGGUCACCUCGGUGUCCUUCAACUGUGAGGGGAAGGAACUGGGGAGACUCCAUGAUGGCACCGAACUGACCCUGUCCCCUCUUCAGCUGCAAUACAGUGGCCGCUACCACUGCAAGUGCCGGGUGAAAUACUGGAUGUCAGAGAAGUUUUGGGAGUCGGCACUGGUGGCAGUGACAGUGCACGACCUCUUCUCGGUGCCAGUGCUGGAGGGUCCCCCCGAGCCCACCGAGGGGUCCCCCCUGAUUCUCAGGUGCAUCAGCACGCCCAGCCUCCUGCGGCCCCGAACUCCCCUCUUGUACGUGUUCUACCGGGAUGGGCAGGUGUUGGGGGGCCCGCAGGGGUCCCCGCAGCUGCUGGUGCCUGGCCUGGGGGUCUCCCACUCAGGGAAUUACAGCUGCCAGGUGCGCUUCAAGGGGGGAGCUGUGUGGAAGAGCAGCGCACAGCUCCGCAUCACGGUGCACAUGCCAGUGGCCAAUGCCACCAUCACCCCCAGUCCCCUGUCACACCAGGUGCGUGCAGGUGACAACGUCACCCUGCGCUGCUCAGUGCAGGUGGGCUCAGCCCCUGUCACCUUCACCUGGCUGCACAACGGGAAGGAGGUUGCCCGGGGUUCCCUCCUGGAGCUCAGGGACAUCGAUGUGGGACAUUCAGGCACCUACCAGUGCGUGGCCACCAACCAGCUGGGACAGGACGGGCACCGCGUGUUCCGGACACUCAGCCCUGAGCUGGCCCUGGAGGUGACCCCUCGCUCACCCUGGAUCACAGUGGCCGCAGGGAUCGGUGGGACCCUUCUGUUCCUGCUACUGCUCGUGGCUGUCAUUUUGGCCUGGCACUUGUGGCACCGUGUGGCUGCCAGGAACCACCAGGAAAGGCCCCCCCCAGAUCCCCCAGAGGAGGGGGAGGUACUGUACACCCACGUCGUGGUCACCAAGAGGGCAGGGGCAUCCCCCUGUGCCACCACCCUCCAGGAUCCCCAGGUGACCUACGCUGAGCUGUGGGGACACCAGGGGCGACCACGGGAACCUAGUGACAUCUACAGGAAUGUGCUGUGACACGCAGGGGAACUGGGGGGCACUGGGGGUCCCCACCCAUGGGCACCCACUCACGUCUUUGCUGCAACCAAUAACUCCUCCUCCCUGUGGGGGCACAAAGAUCCCAAAGGGCUGAGAGAAGAACAAUUUACUGAGACAGCAACGAGAAAGAAUAAAACCAACAACAACAUCAAAAA